AUGAACUAUGACUUUCCAGAGAAAGCAGCAGAAGAAAGAAAAGAAAUGUCACAAGAGGACAAAGAAUUUAUGAAGAUUGUGACAAACUCUAUUCAUAAAGAAGAUGGACACUAUGUUGGCAAUCUGCCCUUUCGAGACAAGGAUGUCAUCAUGCCUGACAACAGUGAACAAGCCUUACAGCGUUUGAGAGGACUCAAGAAGAAAUUUACAAUGAACCCUCAAAUACAUAAAGACUAUAAGAAGUUCAUGGAAGACAUCCUUAGCAAAGAAUAUGCUGAAAUUGUUCCUCAAGAUGAACUGAAAGGUAAACCAGGCAAAGUAUGGUUUAUCCCACACCACGGGGUGUACCAUCCACGCAAGCAAGGGAAAAUAAGAGUUGUCUUUGACUGUUCAGCAACAUUCCAAGGUGUUUCCCUAAAUAGUAGUUUGCUUCAAGGACCCAAUCUAUGCAACAGCCUCCUCAGUGUUCUAAUGAGAUAUAGACAGGAGAACAUUGCCUUCAUGGGUGAUAUCGAAUCCAUGUACUAUCGAGUCAGAGUGCCAAAAGAAGACAAUGACUUCCUUCGCUUCUACUGGUGGCCGGAUGGAGAUUGUAGAAAAGAACCUAUGUUAGUCCAUAUCUUUGGAGCUGUAUCUUCUGCUUCAUGUGCAUCCUUUGCCUUACAACAAACAGCAAGAGACAGUCAGGAUAAGUUUGUCCCAGAAAUUAUAGAAAAGUUGACUGACAACUUCUAUGUAGAUGAUUGUCUGGCAUCCGAAUUGAAGGAAGAAAAGGCAGUAUCAACUGUAAAAGAACUUACCAGUUUGUGCAGUGAAGGCAGCUUCAGGCUUACCAAGUGGAUCUCCAACAGCUCUACAGUGAUGAAAUCAAUCCCACCUCAAGAAAGAGCAAAGGAUGUUAAAGACUUGAACUUGGACCGUGAAGACCUUCCAUCUGAAAGAGCUUUAGGAGUCUACUUGUUUGUGCAAUCAGACACUCUUGGAUUCAAGAUAAAGAGCAAGUUGAAACCAGACACUAAACGUGGCAUCCUGUCUGUUGUUAGCAAUGUGUAUGACCCUCUUGGACUCAUGGCUCCUUUCAUACUCAUUUCAAAACAGCUGCUCCAAAACCUGCAUAAAGAACAGAAAGACUGGGAUGAAGAUGUUGAUUCAAAGACACAGAAGAUAUGGCAUCAAUGGCUGAAAGAUCUUACCUUGUUAGAAGAUAUCCACAUUCCAAGAUGCUACAAGCCUAUGGAGUUUGGACUUGUAACAUCAUGUCAACUUCACCUUUUUGCAGACGCGAGCAAUGUAGGAUAUGGAGUCGUCGGUUACAUCAGAUUUGUGAAUGAAGAUGAGGAGAUCCAUUGUGCUCUGGUAAUGUCUAAAUCAAGGGUUGCUCCAUUAAAAAAGACAACCAUACCACGCAUGGAACUCACUGCUGCUACUCUAGCUGUACGCAUGUCAUCCCUCAUUCUUCAAGAACUUCAGGUCAAAGUAGACACAACUUUCUUCUGGACGGACAGCAUGUCAGUGUUGAGAUGUAUCUUUAACACCAAUGCCAGGUUCAAAACCUUUGUAGCCAACCGGAUUGCUGUGAAAAGGGACUGUUCUGAUAUUGAUCAAUGGAGGUAUGUGUCAUCUAAAGAGAACCCAGCAGACUAUGCUUCAAGAGGCAUCAAGCUUGAUAAUGAGCAGCAUAUUCAGCAUUGGACGGGAGGACCAAGAUUCCUAUGGCAGCACCACAAGUACUGGCCGAAGCAAUACAUCAACCAAGAACCUCAAGAAGAUGAUCUUGAACUUAAGGAAUGUGUUCAUGCAACCAUCAUGGAGAAGGAUAGCUUCCUAGACAUUCUAAUCAACCACUUCUCAAGUUGGACAAAGUUAAGAAGAGCAGUAGCAUGGAUCAUUUUAACUAUCAGAUGUUUGCGCCAGAGAGUCAACAAGUCUCAAUCCACCAAUAAAGUGAACUACACCUUGAAUGUUCAAGUCCUUGAAGAUGCAGAAAAGCUCCUAGUCCAACACUGUCAGACACAACAUUUCUCGAAAGAACAACGAUGUCUCAAGCAAUCUUCUGCAACAGUUGAUAAAUCAAGCCCUGUCUACAAGUUGGAUCCAUUUCUUCAAGAUGACGUCAUUCAUGUUGGAGGACGCCUCAAGAAUGCAAAUAUCUCCUUCAGCGAAAAAGCACCCAAUCAUUCUUCCUAA